AUGUGGAUAGAAAAAGAGCCCUCUUUUGGGGUCAAAGAGGAUAGAACAGCAGGCCGGCGUUCUCUCCAGCUGCGACUUCUGGCCCAGCACGUGGAACGCUGUCAAGUGUUGCGGGAAGUUCAUUCAUUCUUGACAGAAGACUGCAACUUAAAAGAUUCUGGAAGGAUCCGCUGCGAUCGGAUGGAUCACGUUACUAAAAAUGAAGAGGCGCUUGGAAAAGCUUCGUACGCUGGAGCUGAGGGGACGUGGAUAAGUCCCGAAUCCCAUGGCGAAGUCAGGGACGCCGCGUUCCUGGAGUUGGCGGGCCACGGUGGAGCACCGGGAGAUGCCCGGAGCGGGAUUGAGGAUGCUCCAGGUGAUGGAGAUUCGGAAGGAGGUGGGCAGAAAGCAGAAGAAAUAACAGUGGACUUAACGAUCGUGAAACAAGAAGUGACGGACUGGCCGGAAAUGGAAGCAGGCCAAGGGGUGAAGCUGGAGAUGGAAGCGAUGGAGAAGCAGGACACUUGGGGGGAAGCAAUGCGGGAGAUGAAUGUGGCUGUCAAAGAAGAGCAGGCGGAUGAGCGAGAAGUCGAGGAAGAAAAAGUUAAGGUGGAGGCAGAGGCGAGGGUCUGGGGCGAUGCAAAACUGGAGGAGACGAAGGAGAAGCUGGAAAUAAAGCAGGAGGAAAUGCCCGGUCAUGGGGACCUGGAAGAGCCACAGCUGGAAGAAGCGAGUGGGGAAGCCCAGCUUGCUUUUCCCGAAGAGGAGAUGGUGCAGGACGCGAAGGGCGUCAAAAGGAAGCUGGCCAUGUCCAGGUGUGAAACUUGUGGUACAGAAGAAGCAAAGUACAGAUGUCCACGUUGUUUGCGGUAUUCCUGCAGUUUGCCUUGUGUAAAGAAACACAAAGCAGAACUGACAUGUAAUGGAAUUCGGGAAAAAACUGCUUAUGUUUCAAUACAACAGUUCACAGAAAUGAAUCUCCUAAGUGAUUAUCGGUUUUUAGAGGAUGUGGCAAGAACAGCAGACCAUAUAUCUAGAGAUGCUUUCUUGAAAAAACCAAUAAGCAAUAAACAUAUGUACUUUUUGAAAAAUCGUGCUCGAAAGCAAGGUAUUAACUUAAAACUUCUACCAAAUGGAUUCACCAAAAGAAGAGAGAAUUCAACAUUUUUUGAUAAGAAAAAACAACAAUUUUGUUGGCAUGUGAAACUUCAGUUUCCUCAGAGUCAAGCUGUAUACAUAGAAAAAAGAGUACCAGAUGAUAAAACUAUAAAUGAAAUCUUAAGACCAUACAUUGAUCCUGAAAAGUCUGAUCCUGUAAUUCGUCAAAGGUUGAAAGCCUAUUUUCGCUCUCAGUCUGGAGUUCAAAUUUUAAUGAAGGUUGAAUAUGUGCAGCAAAAUUCAGUAAGCUAUUAUGAGCUGGAUCCUUACAAAAGUCUCCUUGACAAUUUGAAGAACAAAGUGAUUAUUGAAUACCCAACAUUGCAUAUGGUAUUAAAAGAAUUCAGCAGUGACAUGAAAAUUCUUAACCAAGGGAAAAGUGAAUCUGUCAGGAACAUUGGCGGUGAAAAUUAAGCCCUUCUGGAGGAAGAUGGAAAUUACCAGACAGUUGCAGAGGACUAUCCAUUGAUUAACUCUUGGAUGCUUGGGAUAUUGUCAUUGAGUGACUGAAAUUUUUUGUAUUUCUGAAAAGUAUAAAAGCCAAGUUAACACACACACACACACACACACACACACCAAUUUGGUUCAUGAUUGGCAUAGUGUAAGCAUUUAAUAUGCUUAAUUCUGUAGACUUAACAAUUUUUUUAUAAGAGUACCCCUGACAAUCAUGUUUUGUCUUUAGUGGAACCUCAAAGAAAGGCCACGCGAUGUGCUGUACAGUCACAGG